AUGGCAGACGUGAAUACUACACAGUCCAGCCAUGUAACCACUGGCACCAGACAACAUGAAAGCAGCAACCCCUUUGGGAAGGCAGUCAAAGGAAUCGCUGCUACCAUCGGCCUCGCAUCCGAGACUAUCUACCAUCAUAAGCAAAAAAGAGCAUCUCAGCGAUCGCCGCGUGACAGCGUUCCAAGAAGCUUUUCAAAUGACGACUGCAUAUCGACAGCCGGAAAUCUCGAUUAUUUCCGAACCCCAGAUGAGGCCGAACCUGAGCAGAGGCUUCCCACGCAAGUGGACGAGGUAGCUUGGGCACUUGACGAAGUGCAGGAUGAUAUCAGCACGAAUAGUGGCACCACGACUCCACCUGACCACAACCCGCCUGGCUCGCCAAAGCUUGCAGAGAGCUUCCUCCAGAGCCAUCCACCUACAGAGGGUACUAAGGCAUCCGGACGUCUUGAACUCCCUGUCGUGAUCACCCAACGCCGUCCGAAAGCCCGCACUCGAGGAUUCAUCCGUGCAUACGCGCCUGUUCUUCAGAACGUUGGCAUCGAUCAAGAAACUUUCAUAGAAUUCAUUGACCAGCUCAACAAGGCGGUCGAGCCGAGUCCUUGGAUCAGUGCCAUUGACCUGGCUUCCCUAGCAGGCCACGCGUUCCCAGAGCCCAUUCACCUGUUGAUCUCAGCGUCUGCUCUAAUGGCAACGCAAAUCACUGCCGAAGUCGUCAGCCGCAGUAAAAGCAACGCAUUCUUGGAUAAGAUGAAUCAGGACUUCUUCAAGCCGAAAGGCUUGAUAGCGCUGGUUGUCACCUGGAAACCAAAUCAGGAUGGAUCGGAGCAAAAUGCAACAAGUAUCGUCGACAUCGAUAUGAGCGCAGCAGCUGUGAAGAAGAACUCGCGGGGAGAUGACCCGGCUGGCUUGAAGCGAAGCAGAUCGACGAUCCAGAUGCCUUCUGCCGGCGAAAUGUUCGAGCUUCCGGAAUUCGCACCACUGGUGUUCCCCAAGCUGGAGGCAGCAACAGAAUCCCCAGAACCGAGAGCUCCAGCCGCCCCUUCUCACAGACGAUCUACACAGGACAUGGGGACGAGGAAGGGAGAGGAAAAUGAGAUAAAGGAAAGAUAUAGCCUGUCAACAAGGGCAAGAAGAAAAACAACAGGCAAUAGGGAACUACAGCACCGCGCCGAACCAGGCUGCCUUCCAGCCUUCAGACAAAGCACCGCCGAGUACGUUGGCCCAGCCGUGCGACAGGUCAAACUGGGCGGCAAGUCGGCCGGGACGAGCAUCAGGCGGACGGGUCACUUUAUAAGCGACUACCAGGACCGGCGCGCGGUGGCGAGGUGGUCGGGCCAGCACCCGGACUCGCAGAUGGCAAAGCUCGCGCCGGCCCCGGGGUUCCAGUCCCGGUUCGCGGACCCCAACCAUCCAGCGGCCAGCGGCGACUUUGUGGCACUGGUGACGGGCGGGAAGCGCACGACGGCUGAGGUCAGUCGGGAGGCCGUGAGGGCUACGGUCGCGGCAGGCCGCGAGGGCUUGAGCCGUGUGAAGAGUACAACCGGGCGUGCUGGGCUGGGUCUUGGCGGUGGUGGUGAGGAUGGCGGCCCCCCGCGACAGAUCAUCAGCCCGAGGGCAAAGGAGGCGUUCGCAGACAUCAGACCACGCGGGGACUGGCUGCCCAGGUUGCCGAACAACGUGACUGCUGGUGUUGCGCCGCGGCUCCGAAGAAUCGGAUCCCUUCCGGUCGCCGCUCCCGUGAGGACGAUGAAGAAGCUGUUACAGCCGGAUAUCAUUUACCUCAUGAUUGUGAAUCUGCCGACUGAGGAGGAGAUCGCGGAUGCCACGGUUUGCCUGAAUCAGGCGAGCGAGGAAACAUAG